AUGGAAAAUCUAGGCGUUAUUAGAAGAGUGACGCACCCGACCCCGUGGGUGAAUGCAAUCGUAGUGGCGGCGAAAAAAGAUGGCAGCAUUCGAGUGUGCCUCGACCCGCGGCCGCUUAAUAGGGCCGUGCGACGCGCACACUACCCGUUGCCGACGCUCACUGAUAUCGCGACUAAAUUAGAAGGAGCUAGGUAUUUUAGUAAAUUAGACGCUCGAUCUGGAUUUUGGAUGGUUCAGUUAGAUGAUGAUAGCGCUGAUUUAUGUACGUUUGGAACACCAUAUGGCAGAUACCAGUAUCUACGUUUACCUUAUGGUAUAAACUGUGCAUCUGAAGUUUUUCAUCAAAAAAUACGUCAAAUAUUAGAGGGCUUAGAGGGCGUAGAUUCAUUUGUUGAUGAUGUCAUAGUUUGGGGGUCUUCAAUUUCAGAACAUGACGAGAGGCUUAAGCUUUUAUUAAAUAGGGCACGUGAUGCUGGUAUUAAAUUUAAUAAAGAAAAAUGUGAAUUUUGUGUUCAAACGGUAACUUACCUUGGACAUACCUUUAGCUCCAAAGGUAUGCAAAUAGAUGAAAGUAAACUUAAGGCAAUUCGUGACAUGCCGAAUCCGCAAGACAGGAGUUCAUUAGAGCGUUUUUUGGGCAUGGUAAAUUAUUUAUCAAAAUUUAUACCACAUUAUUCAGAGAUAGCGGCUCCUCUACGUAUCCUUUUGAAAAAAGACUCUGUAUGGAAUUGGGACGAAGUACAUGAAGCGACCGUGCGGCGUUUAAAAGAGUCAGUGUGCGCCGCGCCUGUACUGGCUUUGUAUUCUGCGCGCGAGCCGGUGCUGUUAUCAGUAGACGCGAGCUCUCGCGCGCUCGGCGCAGUGCUCAUGCAGGGCGGCCGGCCGGUCGAGUAUGCGUCAUCCACACUCACCGACACGCAAUGCAGGUAUGCUCAAAUUGAAAAAGAGCUGUUGGCGAUCGUGUUUGCGCUCGAACGAUUUCACCAAUAUGUUUAUGGCCGUAAAGAUGUCACAGUGGAGACGGAUCACAAGCCAUUGGAAACGCUAUUUCAUAAGGCGUUGGAUUCCGUUCCAGCCAGACUGCAGCGCAUGAUGUUACGUAUACAGGGAUACGAUUUCAAGGUUACGUAUAAACCUGGAAAAUAUAUGUUCGUUGCAGACACCCUUUCGAGGGCACCUUUACCUGAACAGUUACAACAAAAAGUAAGUGAUGAAAUUUCGGAGCAAUCAUGUUUUCUUAUAGAAAAUGUUAGGUUUAGUGACAGUAAAUUGAGUAUGAUAAAGGAGCAUACAAUGAAAGAUGAAGAAUGUCAGUUAAUUAUAAGAUAUAUAAAAAAUGGCUGGCCAAAUUAUAAGUAUGAAGUGGAUGAAAGAGUAAAAGAGCAGUGGUCGUAUAAGGAAAGUUUUGAAUAUGUCGAUGGUAUAAUAUUUAAAGAUAAUUUGGUUUAUAUUCCAUUUAAGUUAAGGUACGAAAUGGUAAAGCGAGUUCACGAUGGGCAUAUGGGUAUAGAUAGAUGCAAACGGCAUGCGCGGGAUGUGAUGUUCUGGCCAGGGAUGUCUCGAGACAUCGAGAGUGCAGUACGCCGCUGUGCGACGUGCGCCGAGAGGGUGGCGCGGCCCGCGCGGGAACCGCUCUUGCCACAUCCUAUCCCGAGCCUGCCGUGGGCUAAAAUAGGCUCGGACAUAUUUCAGAACGGUAACAAGUAUUUUUUAAUCUUAGUCGACUAUUUUUCGAAUUAUAUCGAAGUUUGUCCACUGCUGAACAUUACUAGCAAGACAGUCAUAACAGCGAUGAAGGAUCAAUUUGCAAGGCACGGCAUCCCACAGGAACUGAUAACUGAUAAUGGGCCAGCGUAUGCCUCGAAGGAAUUUGCUACAUUUAGUAAGCAAUGGGGGUUCAAACAUGUUACGAGUUCGCCGAAAUAUCCGGUAUCAAAUGGACGAAGUGAGAAGGCAGUACACAUAGUUAAAAAUAUGUUAACCAAAUCUUUGUCAUCUGGUUCUGAUUUCUAUUUAGGGUUGCUAAACCUUAGAACAACUCCCAGGGAUGGAAUUAGCUCACCAUCUCAGUUACUUAUGGGACGCAGGCUUAAUUCCAGGCUCCCAUCUCACGACUGUAAACUGCAACCCAGCCGUGACAACCGUGACGAUUAUAAGGCUAUCACAAGCAAGCAAGCCCGCGACAAACAGCACUAUGAUAAACGAGCACGAGCGUUGCCGGAGCUGCGGGCUGGGCAACGUGUGGUGAUGGUGGACGCCGGAGACAGGAAGCACGCGCGCGUCCAGGCGCGGGCGCCACAACCACGCUCCUACUUCGUAAUAGACUCAACAGGAAAGCGGUACAGAAGAAAUAGACGCCAUUUAAUUAAUGUGGAGGCAGCUCUUUCUUCUCCAUCCCAAUAUACGCCCGAGGAGCAAGAACAUUACGAGGAAGAGGAUUGGUCCAUGGCCGAAAGUGAGGACAACGCAGAUGAUCCUACGUUUGUUUUAACCAGCGGGGAUGGGUCGCGUCUCUCUGAGGACUCCCGGGGUGAUAUUUUGAAAGGCCGGUUAGAUCGCGCGCGCAGACCGGCGGCUGAGGCGGCCCGCACUAUUAUUGCCAAACUAAAUAGGGAAAAAUAA